UUUAAAAAAAUCCACGUGCAUAAAACAAUCGAAAGUAUCUAGUACAUUGAAAAGAUUUUGCAGACCAAUAAUUUGCUAGAGUAUAUAUCUUUCUCCCAUUAUCGUUUACAAUUGUUUUUAAAAAAAUUUCCUCCCAAUUAAUUUUAACCACCUGAAAAAAUUUCAUCAAAUUCCCUGAAACGCUUUUUGCCUAAAUGAUUCGCGAACUCUUUGUUUAAGUGACACAUGUAAUUUCUUUGAUAUUCUUCAGUUUAUCGAGUAUUAUUUAUCAAACAAAUCUGUUUUACUUGUUAUAACUAAUUAAUUACCCUUUAUAAGCCACAAUGCCCCCCAAGAGACAGAAGAGUGGGCAAGGGAGUGCUGGACCCCCCGGGGGAGGGGGAGGGGGAGGAGCAGCACAGCAGAAGUGGGAAGCAGGCCUCAUAGCAGCCCCAUUCAAUGAUGAUGAUUGGAAGGCAGCUGUUGUUUUGGUCAUUGCUGGUAGGCCCGAAGAUAGGAAGAAUGCUGCCAUUCUACAGGAAGCAGUUGCCACAGGCAGUCGAAGAUUGUUUUCGUCAAUUGAACUUGCUGAAAUGUACAAAGUUGCUAAUGAGCUGGGAAACCCAAAACAGAAGAAAGAAAAGAAUACGCCUCCAUUUUUUGAAGUGAAUGAAUUAGUGAAGCAGUACCUGGACAACAAUGAACCCAUACCUGUUCAAGUUAUGGCCAGGCUGAUAAAAUGGCAUUUGCUCUCAAUCAAGUCAGCAGAUUUGAAAAGGAAGGAAGACGAGAAAAAGAAUGCAGACAAAAGCAAAGGGGGGCCGAAAGCAGCAGCGGGAGGCAAGAAAGGCGACCGACAAAAAUCGGCUGCAAAAGGCGGUGGUGCUGCUGCCAAAGGAGACAAAGCGAAAGGAGCAGCAGACGUGCCCCCUGCUCCUCGAAAAGACACAAAGCUCAGAAAGAGGGGGGAGGAUGACGAUGAUUCCAAAUACAUAGACGAUGAACCCGAUGACGGCCCCCAACAUUACGUCACAAUUUUUGGCCAAUCAGAUGCUUUGCUGGUGCAGGCACUCAGUGACGUUGGAGUAUACGUGGAUACUGUUUUGGGUCUGAAGACGGACUCUUACGAGGGGUAUGAUCUGAAAUUGAAUGAGGGGCAAGGACCACCAAAGCCAGAGGAAAAGUUCGAAGAGCAGCUUACCAAAGCCCAACUAGCCCUAAUUGCCACAGCUAAACCUGAACCAAGUCCACAGCAAACUGUUACUUCGAAAAACGCAAACAAAACUGUUGCCGCUGGUAAACAAGCAACAGAUAAUAACAAUCAACUACCUGUCCCCACUGGAUGGCAGAAAAAUAUGUCACUGUUGAGUGUUCCUGCCAGUGAAUACACCGGGAGUGGGGGAACUAAAGGCGUAACUGAGGAAAAUGGGGGUGCAACUGGAAAUGCACAAAUUGGUGCUUCAAAAAUAGCCGCUAAUGACUAUAAAUCAGAAAACGAGCAGGAAAAAGCGGAGCGGGAUAAGCUGCAGUCUGUGUUUGAGAGGUUCUGGCAGGAACUUCCGAUUGUGUUGAAGCAGGCUCCCUCACAGUCCAAAAUCAGAGACACGGUCCAGUUGGAUCAAGUGGUACAGUUCGAAUCCAUUCCGCCUAAUGUGGAUCUCGAUUUAGACGAAAGAGGUUCCUUUGGCGUGGAUCUUUUUGAAACUACUGCAUGCAUUCUCUACGACAUGUUCGACUGGAAGCGCCAGUACUACAACUACUUAGAAAACACUAACUUCCAGAACAUUCCAGAAGUUUCUCACACUGUUGUCGAUUACGUCAGCAUGCCUGCAACGACUGCGCGUGAAGACCAGUCAGCGCCAGCCAAAGGUCAAACCGGUCAAAGUGACAAAGCGGAAAAGCAGGCGGGGGGAGCCGGCGGGAAGAAAGUAGUUGGGCCUGAAACGCCCCGAAAAGACGGCGACGGCCUGGACGAAAAUCAGGAUGCAGAUUACGAUUUUCUAGAUCUUGCUCAUCUGGACUUGAGUUUCUAUAACGACCUGUUAGCAACCGUUCCCAGUGAUUGCAUAAGUGUGGAAUUGACUAUGCAUUGCAUGUUAGAACAAAUAGCCUGUUCUUCAGCUCCGAGCGGGUCUUCGGUUCCCGCGGGUCAACCUAAGUUGCCAACUAGACCCGAUGGUCUGGAUGCCAGUCUGGCAGAACACCUUAGUGGACUGUUGCUGAAAUUGGCUCUCAAUGACGAUGAGAAAAAAGCUAUUGAGGAGAAGCUAGCCUCGCACACUGAAGCGGAGAAAGAAAAGAUGGAGACUAAAUUAGUCAACUUCAAGGACAACCUGUCAAUUAGAUUGCAUUCUCUCCGAUCUGUACACGGAUUCGACCCAGCUGCCUCCGAGGAAGCGAUGUUGUCCCUCACACCUUCGGCCGCUCUGCUGAACUAUCCGCAGCCUUCAAUUGAGGAGCAGCAGAACAUAGCUGGCAGGUUCCAGGAGGUCAUGAUGCAUUGUGCCCAGGGGUCAAUGAGUCAAGCGGAGGUCAACCAUGCCUUGAAACAGUUCAUCUUCGAGUGCAUUCAGCUCAAAGAGCCCGAUGAAAAUGGACUUGUUCUGACUUCAAAUGAGGGAGGCGAACAACUCCUUGUACCAUGGGACGAUCCCUACCCAUUUUCAACAACAGAAAACGCAGCUGAAGUUAUCGCAGCUCAGGAAAGGAAGAUAUCAGAGGCUGAUCAUUCUAGGCCCAGUUCGGUUGGAGGUGCUAAUGCGCAGGGGGGCAUUUUGAAAAGGUCAGCAUCCGCUGGUAGCAGUAAAAACGCUUCCGUCUCAUUUGCUGAAAUUUCAUCGCCUUCAGGCUAUCCUCCUGAAUUAGGAGCUCAAGACAAAAAUGACGUCAUUGCUGACGCUGAUUCCGGGGAAAAGGCUUCGGACGAUGAUUCGGCAAACGGAAACGCUGGAUACGACACGACGCUGCAACCGCCAGCCAUCACUCGGAGCUUCUCGGAUCUAGCCGAGAACAAGUUGAGAAAUCUAGACGAGUGGUGUUACGUCGAAAGAUUUGAGCGCAACGUGUUUAUUCAGGUUCUGGAGGAGGCUAAGUAUCAUCUUCCCCUGUUGGAGGCUUACUACUGCAGAAAAGACAACACGCUCCUAUUGACACUCUACAACCCCACAGAUCAAAACCAGUUCAACUGCCAACACUCAUUCUCAUACUUGCACACUGACAUUGGCUUUAGAAACUACCUGCACUACAUCAAGGAGAAAAUAGAAGAAUGGACAGAAAAAGAGGAGCAGAAAUACGUGCAGGUAUUGGCCGAGAAAGAGAGACUGGCUGCCAUGUCUCCGGGCACAGCUGCUGCGGAACACGCUGCCACCGAGGACGCCAACAGUGCCGGGGGAAAGGGGGGCAAAAGGUCCCGAAGUCAGAGCCCCAAAGGAGGCGCUGGUAGAAAAGGGUCUGCUCCCAGGAGUAAGUCUCCAAAAGGAGGCAAGGAAACCUCAGCUGGCGAUGACUCAGAGGAGGAGAGAGAAGACCCCUCUGCUCCGAAGCCCUUCAUGAGGCCGAAUUCUAUGAAGCAGUGGAAAUUGGAGCAGGACAAAGUGAAGGAGGCAGAGGAGAAGAAGAGGCUGGAAAAAGAGAAGGGCCAGGCAGGGGCCGAAAAAGGCGCCAAGGGAAAAGCCUCGGGUAAAAAGGGCUCGGGAAGUCCUUCGGGUUCCCGAGAAGGCAGUCGGUCACGGUCCGGGAGUCGAGGGGGAGGAGACAGUAGGAGUGCGAGCAAAGAGAAAAAAGGUAAGAAGGGAUCUAAAGGAGCAGCGGGUGAUAAGAAAGGCCAAGAGGAACACCCGAGUGGCUCCGAGAAGCAGGAGGUUGUUCCGAAUGACGUCAUUGCCGAAAUGGUGCAGAAAGAGUUCAACGGGUACAACCUUGGCGACAACAUAGUACAUUACUCUGGCAAGACCUCUGGACUGUUUCCGUGUGAUGGAGCACAAAUUAGAAUCGAGCACUCAACAUUUGCUGAAGGAUCCAACCAGGUACUGUUGACUCUGCUCGAAGGAGCCAACGUGCUCAAUUUACACAUCGGCCAGCCCAAAGACAUCUCAGACUUGGAAGCCAAUCAGCACGAGAAGGAAACUGAGGUGAAUGAAGGAAUCACUGGGGCCGCAGAAGGAGACCGGCAGCUGGUGGACUCCAAGACGAACUUAAUAGGAGGGGGUAGUUUGGAAAACUCAAAAGUGGAUGCAAGUCUGUCAAAUUUGAGUGAUCCUUCACACUCAAAAUCUGGUCCGCUUGCCCUGGAGGAAUCCGCUCACAACUUGGAGAUCUCGGUGUCCAAAGCGUCCCCCACCCACGGAGAUAAAGGGGAGGAAAGUAUGCAUGUGAUGAUGAAUGGGCUUGCUGAAGGGGGUGGGGACGACGAUUGUCAGCAGAAGGAUAGACGAGACCCCAAGGAUAGCGGCAAAGAAGUGAACGAGUAUGGUUCUUUCUCUGCCAAACUGUCGGACGGAAUUGCCCUCUCAUUCAGCUGCUUCGGAGACAACGGUCUCAACCCCAACAUUGAAAUGUACCUGUAUGAUAUAUUGCACCCGAAUGAAGAAAAGGCGAUGAAAUUCGUUGACAUGAAAGCACCGGUUCCCCCCACGCCACCUGCUGCAGAAGCAAAGCCGGAUAAAGGGGGGAGUGCCAAGGGCAAAAAGGGAAAGGGAUCUGCGGGGAAAAAGGGCGGGAAAGGAGGCGGGGGUGCCGAAGCGACAACACCUCCCCCUGGCACGCCGCCGGGUGGUGACAAACAGACGGACGGUGGUCUGGGUACUCGUGGCACCGAUGCCACCGGUCUUUUGGGUCACGAGGAGGCUGAAAUGGCGGCCAAAAAGGACCUGUCGACCUCUGAGUUCCAGCAGCUGCAUGUCUCUUCGCCUAACGGACUUACAGUCAACUUCUACCUAGAGAAAAGCGUUGAAUCAGGAGACAGUUUGCAUGAUGAACUGGGCCAUCCGUCUCUUCUAGUGGAACAGUCGUACCCGUUCAAGAGUAACAAGUCCAGCAAGGAUUCCUCCGAGAGUGACUCACCUCUCGCCAGCAGCACUGCUUGGAAGGAGAAGACGAGAUAUGUGAACAGUCAGGGAAACGUGAUCAAAAUACUCAACAAUGGCAAGAUAGAGGUGUUAUGUGCAGAUGGAACCAGACUAGAGUACAGUGGACCCUGGGUAGAUCCGACUUCCUUCCAGACACACAACCAGCACAAUUCCCACUCGGCUCGCAACAACGAGGAAGGAUCCCAGUCCAGACCAGAGAGCCAGAACAGCCAGACAGCUGGGGAGGAUAAAAACAACAGCAGACCAGGAACUGCCUCUAAGAAAACAGCAGCCAAAUCGCCGAACCGAGGAAAAAGUCCCAAAAUGGGAGGUCCCGCCGACGCCUCUGGAACGUCUCCGGGCGCAGCGGGUGAGCUUCAAGCACCGGCUGGCGAUGGCGCCGGUCACCAUCCAACGAUAAAAGAGUCAGAGUUACACGAGAGAGGUAUUAUAGGGUGGAACUAUGUAACAGGAAUAGGAGAGCAGCUGAUCACUAACUCCAAGGGGGAGAGAGAGAAAACUGAAGAUUUGAAGUACUACACUGCGACUGACCCUGAAAGUAUGGAGGUGCUGAUGAUUCGAGAAGACCGGGUUAUGAUGGUGUCGCGACCUGACAACAACACUUUGAUUGUGGACCACAAUGACGGAACCAGAAUCACGACCUUCUACAAGGAACAGCAGAUGCCCACACCCCCUCAUCCAUCCGACCCGACCGAACAAGUCGAGCAGAACAAUGACGAACACGAAACAGCGUCUCGGCUGGUGCGUUUUGUCAGGAUAGAAUGUGAAGGAUUUGCCACCCUGGAUUUCAACACCGAGGACUCCAGUUGUAACAGUUUCUUUGGCUCCCAGACUAGCCUGUUCGCCCAUCCUACAGGCCUGUAUGUGAGCAGCUGUGCCGACGGAUCCGCCAUUGUCAUCAGCCACAAGGGUCAAGUGGUGUACGUGCGUAAACCUGACCAUGAGGUCAUCGGGUACCUCUGCAACUGCGACUCCUUCGACCACCUACCCCCCGAAGUGCUCAGAUCGAACGUGUUUGUGUUGAAACACAAUGACCCCAACAUACUACAACACACGGACAGUUGUGGUAACUUUUAUGCGGUUGACAUCAACGGUGAAGUAGUUGUUUCAAAAUGCGAAACUGAAAAUGCCGAACCGAUCGAUCCGGCGACGAAUCAACGUGUGAGGUACUUCGUGGUGAAUCCCGACCAAUCUGGAGAAGAAUUGCUUCGUCAUAAUGACAUAGUCUCUUUGCUUCGACGAGCCGAAGAUGAUCCGUCCAUUGUGGUGCUUGUUGAUCCGAUUCCCGAACAGCCGAAUGUCAAGGGUGUAACGGUUAUGCAGCCUAGUUUUUCGGCCAAGCGAGACAAAUGGCUGAUUCAAAAGGAAGAGAAAAAUAUCAUUCCGAAGAACUUGACCUCACGUGAUCUGAAGACGCUGCCUCCUAGGGAAUUUAAGAAGCCUGGUCCCAAAUUUGGAACAAGAGCAGGAAAAGGUCUAAACGUCGGUUCUCUGGCCAAAAGCAAGGCGACGGAAGAGGUUCCCAUCUAUCCCAAAAUGCCAGAUGUAGUCGCUUUGCGCCAGUUUGUCGGCUUCCCAGAAGUGAAGCCAGAAGUACGUUCUGCCCUGACUGAAGGGCUGAAGUCUUACUGUCAGUCAGUGGAAGAGCGUAAGCUGUUUGUGGAAAAUUCAAAGAAGUCUGAUCCCAGAUCCAAAGAGGAGAUCGAGAGAAGCGUGCAGCUUGAGAAACGGAUGAAAGAGCGCAGUGGACAACAAGUGACCACCAUCCGCGUUGAGUCCGAAUCAGACCAGAACCCAUUCAACCACCCAGUGCUUAAAGAGCGAGCGCGCACAGGGUCUGGGAGGACUAAGGAAGGAGCGGUGGAGACAUACAGGGUCGCCACUAAGCCCCCCACCCCGCCCGAACCACUGGUGGCAAAACCGAAACGAACCAACUCAGCCUGGGGUCGAGACAAGGAGGAAACGAGAAAGGAGGCUGACAACAAGGAGAAAUUGAGGAACAAGCACAUACCGCCCUAUUUCCAGUCGUACCUGGCAGAGAACUUUGUCCACCAGCAGAAAGAACUGGGAAUCAACGAUGAUCUGAAGCAGGCUACUAACAAUCUGCCAUUCUACGCCGAGAAGAAGAAGCAGGAAAUAUUGAAGAGAUCUGAAAUUGAAACGUCCCAAGUAAUCGAUGAGUCAGCUGCAGAUCAUGACUCACGCGCACGUGAUCAAACUGCAGCCGAAGCUUCAAGCGAAGAAGGGGAAAGAAAAACACGAGAACGAACAGUCGGAGAAAGGCGAACGCGAAAGGACGACGGGUGAACAAAUUGAUACGAACCAAGGCGAUUCGGCACGUGACCAGGAGAAGUCGGCUAUUGAGAUGAGGAGAACACUUCCGGCUAGACGACUGAACGACAAG